UUUUACUCUCUCUCUCUCUCUAAUGAAAGCCCCACCUAGCUGUAUUCAACUUAAAUGAUUUGUGUGUGUUCACAUCUUCUCAAAACAAUAACCCUCCAAAAAAAAUUCAAUUUUUAUGGUUUUCCAAGACUUGCUUUUGAUAGUCUUGUUUUCUCCAUCCCAAGACUGGAUUUUUCACUACACCCACUAGUACUUCUUUAGUCUAAAGCAGAGAUGAGUGAAAACCCAUCUCCCAGAUUCUUCAACUUGAAGAUUUUCAAGAAACUCAAGGGGUUUAAGCCUUUUGAGCCUUCACCAGGUGUUCUUGGCUGCUUCUUUUUCACUGUUUGCUUAUUCUUGUGUCUCUUCUUGUUGGAUUAUAGAACAGUAAACAAAGUGCCUCGGUUGCAUCAGCCAUCCUUGUUUGCUACUUGGAUUGGGAUAAAUGGAUCGUCUUUGUCCUAUAACAAGAGUGAAAAGGUUGAUUUUUUGGGAAAAGGUGCAGAAAGUUGUGAUAUUUUCGAUGGAAAUUGGGUUUGGGAUGAAAGUUAUCCACUUUAUGAAUCAAAGGAUUGUAAUUUCUUGGAUGAAGGCUUUCGUUGUUCUGAGAAUGGCAGGCCUGACAAUUUCUAUACUAAAUGGCGUUGGCAACCUAAAGGUUGCAACUUGCCCAGAUUCGAUGCAAAAACUAUGUUAGAGAAGUUGCGAAACAGACGCGUUGUGUUUGUUGGGGAUUCAAUUGGAAGAAACCAGUGGGAGUCUCUACUCUGCAUGUUAUCUUCUGCAGUUCCUGAUAAAAGUAAGAUAUAUGAAGUUAAUGGAAAUCCCAUCACAAAGCACAUGGGUUUCUUGAUUUUUAAGUUCAAGGAUUUCAACUGCACUAUUGAGUACUAUAGAGCUCCAUUCCUAGUGUUUCAAGGUCGUCCACCUUCAGGGGCUCCCCGAAAUGUUAAAUUGACUUUGAGACUGGAUCAAAUGGAUUGGAGCUCUGCUCAAUGGAAAGGGGCAGAUGUUUUGGUAUUCAACAGUGGUCACUGGUGGAUUUAUGAAAAAACUAUUAGAGAGGGAUGCUACUUUCAACAAGGUGGAGAAGUGGAUAUGACCAUGAAUAUUGAGACUGCAUACAGGAGGUCAAUAUCGACAUUGGUUGAUUGGAUAGGCCAUGAAGUGAAUAUGACCAAGACACAUGUCGUAUUUCGAACUUAUGCUCCUGUUCACUUUAGAGGUGGAGACUGGAAGACCGGCGGUAACUGUCAUCUUGAGAAGCUACCUAACAUAGGAUCAUCCCAAGAGUCGCUGAAAACAUCAUUUGAAUAUAACACCGUGAUCAAUGUGCUGUCGGAGAAACAGAACAAAUCAAAAACAUGGAAUUUGGAUUUAUUGAAUGUAACAGGGAUGACAUUUCAGAGAAGAGACGGUCACUCAUCUUUGUAUUACUUAGGUCCAAAGGUUGGACCAGCUCCUCUCCACCGCCAAGACUGCAGCCACUGGUGCCUCCCCGGUGUCCCUGAUACAUGGAACGAGCUUCUAUAUGCCACCUUCCUCAAACGUGAGUUGGCUUGUGCGGAAUUUUCCAAACUUACUUCUUAAUCUCCCGUGUGGCAGGUAAAGAGAUCUUAUAACCAUGUUGCUCCAACAUUUCAAAUGUUACACCUCAUAAUGCCCUACUACGCUUGCAGUCUCAUGGACUAUAAGACGCGUACCUUGGAAAGGAAACUCGAUUAGGAAAACUUGUGCCAAUGGUGAGUGGAAUGUGCCCCUUCUCAAGAUUAAAUUUGGGGAAUUU